AUGGAGACUAGGAGAGCGAGCGAGAGGGAGGUGGAAGAUCUUCUGGAACGCAGUGUAAAAAAGGCAAAAGAAAACGGAGUAGAAGACUCGCAUAUGGGCGAUGAGAUGAACGAGGAGGAACUGAACGAGGAAGGAGAAAAGCCAUCUGGCAGAAAAGAUCCCCUAAAUAGUGAGAGUUCAUACUCUCCAGUAGACGGCAAGAAGUUGGUCUCCUACAAGGAUAUAGUGCUGCAACUCAAUGGAGAAGAUGAUGAAGGUGGAAACGACGAGGAUGACUGGAUGUCGAUCCAAAGAAAAGAAGAGGAUGACUUUGGUAGAAUGGAGGAGGAAGUCCCGGUGGAACAGAAGAACCCUUUUUGUCCGGUUUAUCACUUCUCUAUGGCUCAACAUAAAGAAGAUUGCAAGAAAUGGCGAAGUGCUCUGAUUAUAAAGCUUUUAGGGAGGAAAAUCAGUAAUAGAUUUCUCAUAUCAAGACUACUGAGGCAAUGGAGUCUGAAAGGAAGGUUCGAAGUCAUAGAUUUGGAAAAUGGUUAUAUUCUGGUUAACCUACAUGAUGGGAAUGAUUAUCAUCAUGUCUUGCAUGAAGGCCCAUGGGUGGUUGCUGAGCAUUAUGUGACUGUUCAAAGGUGGAGACGCAUUUUUGAUCCCUUUGAUGAGAAAUUGAGAAGAUUGGCAGUUUGGAUGAGAAUCCCUGGGUUACCGCUGGAAUUUUACACAAGCCAACACCUCUGGAGGAUUGGGAACCUAUUCGGAAGGACCUUAAAGAUUGAUAGGAACUCACUGAGAAAAUAG